UCGCAUUGCAGAAUCCGUUACGAAUCAUGUGCUGCUCAAGUGUUGUCCUCAACCAUUGAUAAAAAUCAUUUUCCAAUAAGUAUUUCUGCAUUUUUUCUCUCCCUCCGUGCUGUUCAUGAUUUCUCCUGGUUGAUAGACACGCAUGAGCUUGCUCGCAAUCGAACCGAGGUUGACUACGGGGAGAUUCCAUCCGAGUUCUGCGACACUCUCAUCAACACCUUAAUGGAUGACCCGGUCAUGUUACCGCAGUCUCAGGCUAUUGUGGACCGGAGCACAAUUAUGCAACACUUAUUGAAUCAGGAAACAGAUCCGUUCAAUCGGCUUCCCCUGCGCGAAGAUGAACUUAUUCCAUGUGAAAUGGUCUCGGUUGUGAGCGAAACGAUCUGCGAGAUUGACGGCUCGCUCAUGCAUAAUCGAGAGCGAUGUCUUGUACGCUGCGCGGAGCACUUCAGAGCACAGUCUAACUGGCCACCAGUGUAA